UUGUAUCCUCUCCCUGCAGAGCUGCCGGCUGUCUCUCACUUUGUACCCGGCUGAAACCGCUGAAAUGGUAUUUAGUAAUGUUUUUUUUUGAGUUUUUCAACUAAAGUGACCCCAUGUAACCCAGCGGUAGAGCCCGUGUUGUCAUGGUAACCAGUGGGAUUCUUGACACCAGUUUACAUACUCUCUGCAUCUGUACACUGACUGCAUGAGCCGGCGAUGUCUCGUCCUGCUCCGACCCCUAUCUACACCCUGAGGGGUGCUGGAGGGCCCCUCAACACCCUCCACUUUAGCUGCCAUGGUGGGGACACUCCCCUUCUUUAUUCUGCGUCGGGGAAAGGUGCCAUCCAUAUCUGGAACCUGAAUACCAGGAGGGCUGAGAGGAUUGUCGAAGGUCAUUCUGGUAACUCCAUCAUCUGGGUGAGCACGCUGCAGGCGGCACAUACACUUAUCAGUCAGGGCCGUGACAUGCAGGUGUGUCUGUGGGAUCUGAGUGAAGGUCGCAGUGAGGUGGUGGACUCGGUGUGGACCGGCAGCGUCGGAUUCUGUCAGUGCUCCGUGUUGGAAACGAGCCCCGGAAACCAGCUGCUGGCCUUUGCGGGGCAACAGACAGAGGAGAUCAAGAUCAUCGAGCUGCCCAGUAAGACCCCGGUCUGCACCCUGGUACCAGACGCGAAGGUGGGGAUGGUCAUGUGUAUCAAGCUGUGGCAGCCAGACUCCGGGCCCGGACCUCUCCUGCUGGCUGGAUACGAGGAUGGGUCCCUGUUGCUGUGGGACGUUACCCAGAGGUCCGAGUUGAGCCGAGCCAAAGCCCACCCUGAGCCUGUCAUGUGCCUGACCUUUGACCCCGAGCGUCUGAGGGGCAUAUCAGGCUCCUCUGAGAAGACCCUCUCCUCCUGGAUUCUGGACAGACAGAACAACCUGCAGCUCCAGGAUGAUGUGACGCUGGUGAACGCCGGGGUUUCCCAGCUCUGUAUCAGGGGGGAUGGGAAACUCCUGGCGUCAGCAGGCUGGGACCAUCGCGUGCGGGUGUUCGGGUGGAAGAAGCUGAAACCGCUGGCCGUGCUUCAGUACCACACCGACAUGAUGCUAAGUGUGGCCUUCUCUGACCACCAGGACCCCAGGCAAAGACUGCUGGCUGCCGGAUCCAAGGACCAGCGGGUCAGCCUGUGGUCCAUCUACAACGAGGGAGCUGACACUGGCUGAGCCUCGGAGCGCCGCGAGGGUUUAGAAACUCGUAAUCAAUACUUCCUGAACCCUCGUCUGUUCCAAUUUUGGUCUGAGCUGACCAACGAUUUAGUAUUUGUGCAAAGCAACAGUUUAAUAUCUGCACCGCUCUCAAGUGAAAGACAUUCACAGUACUGUCAUUUUGUUUAUGUUCCUAAAAAACUGUACAGUUAGCUCAGAGAGGGAGCUCAAGUUUCCUGACAUGUGGAUCUACAGACAUUGUGAGAACUGACUGCUGACGAGAUUUUAAAACUAAAUCAAGACUAUAGCUGAAGGUUCCUGUUUAAUUAAAAAUAACAAAGGAAGAAACAGAAACACACCUACAUAUUCAUACAUAUUCACACGCCAUUGAUGGUUAAGUUUCUUGCCCGAGGAAUGAUCUUCAUGUGGCUGCAGGAGCUGGGGAUCAAACCCCCAGACCUAGACCGAGAUGCCGGACUCUACCAACUGAGUCACAGAUAUUCCUCUGAGAGCUUAUUUGAAGCUUCCACCUCAGUAAUCUUAAAGCAUAAGAAAAUUACAAAUACAAAUACACAGCGUCAAAAACACUCUCUCUCUUUCUCUCUCUCUCUCUCUCUCUGUCACUCUCUCUCGCGCUCUCUCUCUCUCUCUGUCUCUCUCUCUCUCUCUCUCUCUCUCGCUCUCUCUGUCACUCACUCGACAUCACUGAUAAACACAAGCUAACUUGCAGCUUAAUCAUAACUAACUUCCCUGUCAACUUGAGGUCUGCAGAUAUUUCCUGCCGACGUUUCUUUCAUCAGAGGGGGGAGACAGAUUCAACAGAACAUACCCGCUGUUGCCACGGUGAUUGUUAACGUUAUCUGUCAUUAUGUACAGGGACAAUAAGUGAAAAAAAGUCUGGGAAUAUGUGUGUGCAGUCGUAUGACCAAAAUAUCCAACAUGUCCAAAAAAAUCAUCUGACUGGUCGUCGGGAGCAGUGUUUCUCAACUGGGGGGUCGGGACCAAAAAGUGGGUCACAAAGCCAUUUCCAGUGGGUCCUUUUGGGGGGAAUGGUCUAUGAUGUGUUUAUUAAAAAUGUUUGUUUUCUGUCACAUGUUCUUCCAUCUGAGGUCCAAACUGUUUGAUUUUACAUGAAGUAAAACUGAGCGGUUGAGAACGUUUCAAGAAGA